AUGCUUCCAUUACCAGCAUCAGGUCAAAUUAUAAGCUGUAAAAGUGCUUGGCAAUGGACGUGUAAUAACGGUGAAUGUAUUGCACAGUAUGAUUUAUGCAAUGGUAUAAGACAAUGUUCUGAUGGAUCAGAUGAGAUUGACUGCGAACACAGAGAUUGGCAUAAUACUGUGAGUGAAGAGGAGAUAAAGUCUACAGUGCAAUCAGUAACUUCAGUGGAUAAGAUUAAUCCUAUAAGUCCAUCUGUUCACUUUAAUUUCCAAUGGAUUUUUGCAUUAGCAUCAGUGUUUUUCAUAGUACUGUUAUUAAUAAUUGUAAUUCGUCGUAGACGACAGCAAAGUUUAUCUCGAAAUAAUCGAGCAUAUGGAAUACAACGAAGUUUACAUUUGGGCGUGAAUAGCGGCGAUGAAGAAGACGAUUUACUAAUAAGUUCACUCUAUUCCUGA